AUGGUUUAUUACUUCCUCUUUCUUUAUUCUUCCUGUCUUUUUGUUUAUUACUUCCUCUUUCUUUCUUUCUUUUUUUUACUUCCUCUUUUUUCUUCCAUUUGUUUAUUACUUCGUCUUUCUUUCUUUUUUCUUUCUUUCUUUUUGCAUAUUAUUUCUCAUUUCUUUGUUUCUAUUUUCUUUAUUUUUUUUGCAUAUUACUUCCUAUUUCUUUCUUUUUGGUUGUUACUUCCUCUUACUUUCUUUUUUUUCUUUCUUUCUUUUUGUUUGUUACUUUCUCUUACUUUCUUUUUUUCUUUCUUUCUUUUUGUUUAUUACUUGCUCUUUCUUUCUUUUUUUUUUUCUUUCUUUUUUGUUUGUUACUUUCUCUUACUUUCUUUUUUUUCUUUCUUUCUUUUUGUUUAUUACUUCCUCUUUCUUUUUGUUUGUUACUUCAUAUUUUUUCUUUUUUCUUUCUUUCUUUUUAUUUAUUACUUCCUCUUUCUUUCUUUCUUUCUUUUUUUUCUUUCUUUCUAUCUUUCCUUUGUCUUUGUUAAUCGCUUUUUAUUUAUUUUAUAUUUAUUUCACGCUUUUUUUAACAAUAUCUUCUUUUUUUUUCAUAAUUUUUUCUUUCUUUCUUUAUUCCUUCCUUCCGUUAUAAAUUUUUUUUUCCGCCUCCUUUUUUUCUUAUUUUUUUCCCCACCUCCAGACUAUGUGUUUUCCUUUCAUUGGAUAUUUAUUUCCAUUCAUUCCGUCCUUCCUUACUUGUUUCCUUGCUCUCUUCUUUCCUUCUUAACUCCCUUCCUUCCUUUUUCCGCCCUUCCUAGCUAUCUGCCUCUUUCCCUUCCUUCCUACAUUCUUUUUCCCUCCCUCCUUUCCUUCCUUCCAUCCCCUCUCUCCCACCCUCUCUUCCUCCUUUCCGUCCUUCCUCUCAUCCUGCACACUUCCCUGUAUUCCUUCCUUCCUUCCUUCCUCCCCCUCCCUCCCUUUGUCACUUCAUUCCCCCUUCCGUCCCUCUUACUCUUCUUAUUUCUUUACUUCAACCCACCCUACCUUCAUUGCUUCUCCCUUCCUCCUUCCUUUCUGUCUUCUUUCCUUCUUUCUUCCCUUUCUCAUUUCCUGUAUUCCUCCCUUCCUUCUCUUCCCUACCUCUCCCCUUCCUUCCUUCCUUCCUUCCUUCCUUCCUUCCUUCCUUCCUCUUUUCCUUCCUUCGUCCCAACCCUCCUCACAUCAUUCCUUUCUUCAUCCCUACCUACCUACUUUCCUUCCUCUUUCCCUUCUCCUUCCUUCCUUUCCUUCCUCUUCCUUCCCUUCCUUCCUCCUCCCUUUUCCUUCAUUCCUCCCUUCCUGCCUUCUUUCCUCCCUUCCUGCCUUCUUUCCUCCCUUCCUUCCCCUACCUAG